GUUCCACUGAAAUAGUUAAUCAGGUGCAGUUCUAGGAUAACUGUUGACUGAUUUCCCUCAGGAAAUAUUUUGGAUAUUAACUCCCUAAAGUUCCAUUCUUGUGUUCCUGAGUGAUAUUUCUAAAAAAAUUGACCAAUUUCUGUAAAAUUGUUAUUAAAAUUAUUGUUGGUAAGCAAUAGACAAGCAGUAAACAGAAGACCUGAUUGUCAUCCUACAGGACUCCAAUAGAUCAUAUCGGUUCCCCAGCAAAACUGGAUGCCAUCAUGAACAGCCUUCAGAACUCUCCCAAACCUCUCUUCCCUCUGGAAUCAAGGACCCCCCCUGCAUCCCAAGGAUUCUCCACCUGUAGUGAGGACACGGACGUAGAGAAAGGCUCUUCAAAUGAACUUCCUCCAGCAAAAGCUGGUGAUUUCAGCUCGUUAGAGUUUGGAGAUGAUGUGGAGACUAAAGCAAGUUCAACUCCUGAUAAUGAUGAUGUGAGUCAUUCAAUUGCACUGUUAUCAGAUCCUGUUGAUGUGCCGCAGAAACAAGAUGCUAAAUCACAGAGCGUGAUGCAGACAUUUGGGUAUCAGCAGCGCAUGAACUUCAACGUGGAGCAGGGGUUUGGUGUAUUCCAUCAAAAGCCCAGUCGUAACAAAAAGAAAAAGAAGAAGUGGAAUCAAAUUCAGAACUUUUUCCAACAACAGGCAAGGAAUGCUCAAGGUCUGACUGAUAACAGCUUUGGGAAUUAUAAUAUGACCUCUCAAACAAACUUUGGACCACAGCAAAACAUGACCCAGUGGAGAGGCCCAGCUCAAAAUGCUCCUUCAAGUUACCAUGGUAACCAAUUCUAUUGUGGUGGUCCUACUAUUGGACAAGAUCAGGGUCCCAGACCCCAACAAAUUGGUCCUGGUAAUUUUGUAGGAACUUUAACUCAGCAAGGCUUGUCAUUACCAAACUUUAAUGUUCCUCCUCCUAAUAUUCCACCUAUGGAUUUUUUCCGCAAAGUCCCUCCGCCAAACUUUCCACCACAAAAUCAGCCAAUGAUACCUCAGCAACCACAACAAACUCCUCAUAUUCCUCCACAACCAGUUCCUCCUCCCCCACUCCAGGGUAACCAGUCACAAUUCUUCACUCCAUCCCAACCUUUGCCAUACACCCGUCUUCCUCCUCCACCCCCUUUCCAAGCAAAUGUGUCAACUCCUUCGCCGGCACAGUUUCAGCAGCCCAACAUCCUACAACAGCAGCAGCAACAGCUUCCACGGAGCACACAACCCAGCUUCCCUCCACAGCAAAGUCAGUAUUCAUAUAAUUCAACGACGCCGCAGCUCAGUAUCCCACCAGUUCAGCAAAUAAGUUCAAGUGCACAACUUCCAGUUCCUUCUCUGCAUCAACCUGGUUCAUCCGAGGCAUUGCUGCAUCCAGAAGUAGCGCCAUUUUCUGUUCAAACUGAAGCUGUGACUACAUCCUCGGCAGAAGGCUUCUUAAGAGAAUCAGAGCCUUGUACACCAUCACCUGUAAAACAUAAACCCACACAGUUGCCACCGCACUGGAAGUCAGCAACAGACCAACAAGGAAAAGUUUAUUACUACCAUGCAUUAACAAGAAAAACCCAGUGGGAUGUCCCAAGCUGGGACAGCAGUCCAUCUUCAGAAGAGGAGCAUCCUUGUAACAUCACAGAUCCUGAAAAUACCAGCAUCACAAGCCACAGUUACACCAGGACAGAAGAGGAAUCACCAUCAAAGGCAAAAAUAAAGAAAAUGAUCAAGACUCCGUCAACCCCCCCAGGGACACCCCCUGAGAGCCCCACACUUACAACAGCUCCAGCGGAUACCACUGCGCACAGGAGGGAGGAACAUUUGCUAAGGGACGACUCAUCUGGUACUUCCUCGUCACACAAUAAGAUCAAGGAGAUGUUUAGAAUGAAGCUUUCCAAUGUAGUUGUAAACUGCCUAAAUCCUUUCUUCAAAGUAGACUGUAAAUCAGGCAGGAUCCUGAAUACAGAGGAUUUUAAGUUUUUAGCUAGAAAGCUAACACAUGGAAUUUUGAUGAAAGAGCUUAGCCACUUAAAAGACGAAGAAACGUUGCAGUGCAAUGAUUCUGUCAAAAUCAAGACAAAAGAAUACAUUCGAAGUUAUAUGAAAAAGUUUGGACCUGUAUAUAAACGCUCUUAGCUAUUGGUUAUAAGUUUUACUUUGUAUAUAUUGCCAUUAGACCAGGACUCGGAUUUAGAAACAUUUUUUAUUCUUACUGAGGGUGAUAGUUUUAGUUACCUAGGCAUGUUGAUGUACAUUUGGUAAAGAGAGCAGAGUCGAGGUGUUGUAAACCUCGGAAUCACGGAGGAAGCUUGUUAAGAUUUGUUGUUAGUUAGUUUUUUUGUUUCUUCAGAGCUCUGGAG